GUGGCUGCUGCGCCACAUCCAGCCCAGCGACCUUGGCAAAAAAGCUAACUCUACAAAGGCUCAAGAACCCGCAAGUCAGGUUCGCAAACGAAGCCAUGUCGUCAAACAUCCUUUCCAUCCCCUUUCGCAAGUCGGCCCAGCUCUCGCUUGCUUCGACGAUACGGCAGUAUAUCAACACCAAAUAUGAUCAGCACCCGGAUAUGUUUAAGCAUGACCUCGAGGUCAUUGAUGCGCUUCGGCGCGAUGCGGUGAACGUUCGAGAGGCGCAUCCGAGCGGCAUUAAGAAGCUGCAAGCAUAUGCGGGACAGCUUGUUUGGGUUGGGGGCAAGUUUCCUAUAGAUAUUGGAGCCGAGUUUUCGUGGUAUCCUGCCCUUGGAUACAAUACCGAGCGUCCUAUGGUGCGAAAUAAUCUGAAGUACGAGCUUAUGAACAUUCUCUACAACCUCGCCUCCCUCUACUCCCAGCUCGCCAUCAACACGCCCCGGGGCAACACCGAAGGCCUCAAAUCAGCAGCGAACUACUUCUCCCUCGCAGCCGGCGUCUUAUCGCAUAUGCAAAAAGAGAUCCUUCCCGAACUACGAAUGUCCGAUCCUCCCGAAGACAUGGACCACGAUACACUCGAGUCCUUGAUCCAACUACUCCUCGCCCAGAGUCAAGAAUGCUUCUGGCAAAAAGCCGUUAUGGAUGGCUACAAGGAUGCAUCGAUCGCCAAGCUCGCCGCUCGAGUGUCCGAUCUGUAUAACUUUGCUGGCGAAGCUGCUAUGAAGAGCGAAGCCAUUAGCAGUGCCUGGAUCCACCACAUGAGCGCCAAGCAUCAUCACUUUGCUGCUGCCGCGCAAUACCGAGCUGCAUGCGAUUGUCUGGAGAAGCGGAAAUAUGGAGAGGAGGUUGCGCGACUCAAGGAUGCUGUUGCUUGUGCGACGGAGGGCAUUAAGGAAGCCCGAAAUGGCUAUCUUGGCAAGACGGUGGUUGAUGACCUCAAUGGGCUGAAGCGCAAGGUUGAGGAAGAUUUGAAGCGAGCAGAGAAGGAUAACGAUGUUAUCUACUUGAUUGCUGUACCACCAAAGUCGGAGCUCAAGAUUCUCGAUCGCGCAAACAUGGCUGUAGCUCGGGUGCCACCACAAGUUGCCAACCCCUACGAUUACUUUGGCGACCACGCCGAGUUCGGACCAGCUUUGUUCUCUCGACUUGUCCCCUUCUCGGUACACGUUGCCACAUCGAUUUACGAGGAACGACGCGAUCGCAUGGUUAGCCAGAAUAUAAUUCCGGAACUUGAAUCGCUCACAGACAAGAUUCACGAAAUUCUCACAUCGCUUGGGCUACCUGGUUCUUUACAAGCUCUUGAGAAACCUCUGGGUCUACCGCCAAGUUUGGUCCAACAUGCUGAGGAGAUCAGACAAGCAGAUGCCAUUGGCAGAGUGCAAAAGGGCUUUGCGGAUAUCGACAAGUUGCGCUCUGGAGAUAUGGCAAUCUUUGAAGAGGGCAAAGCGGCUCUAGCUUCGGAAGAAGAGGAAGAUCAGCGAUUACGGAUGAGAUACGGAACAGACCGAUGGGUAAGACCCGAGAGUCGGCAAGAUCCUCAAGGUGGGAAGCUUUGGCAGCACGCUUCUGAGAUCGAGAGCUACUUCCAAAGUAGUAUCAGUAGCGACGCGGUUGUCAGGGAGAAGUUCGGCGCGAUCCAAGAUCUGCUUGCUAUCCUUUCCGGACCGGACCGAGAUCUGAUGGACUCUGUGCCGUCGAGCCGACGGGUUGACAUACCCGAGACAUUGAAACCUGUCAUAGGAAGAUUGCGCGGCGCAUACAACGACGUUCUUCGUCUUGAGAGCCGCCGUCGUAAGAAGGUUGAAAGUUUGCGGGAAAACGCCCGGCGCGACGACAUCAAGCCGGACAUUUUGAAGGAAGCAGCCCGAUUGGAGCGAGCGUACCCUAACACAGCACUCGUCCCGGCUCACUUUGAGGAGUUUUUCGACAAACGACUUGAUAAGUUGUAUGAGCCCGAGGUUGAAGCGAUUGAAAAGGAGGCAAAAGACCAAGAACGUCUAUUGGCCGAUGUUCAGCGUAUCAAUCGCGAGUUUGAGUCGCAGAAGCGACAGAUGGGUGAACGCGGGAACCGAGAACGCGAGGUGGCUUUGCAGAAGCUUGAUAACGCCUAUUUCAAGUACAAGGAGAUUAUCAACAACCUCGAAGUUGGACGCAAGUUUUACAACGAUCUGAACAAGAUUGUUGGACAGGGUUUCCGUGAUGUUAUUCGCGGUUGGGUUGCUCAGCGCCGCAUGGAGGCGCGAGCAUUGGAAGAGGAAAUUAACAUGCCGACGUUGUCAAACCUCAACAUCUCUCACCAACAACCUCCCACCCAAAGCCCAAUGCCGUCACACCAAGACCCGUCACACUCAUACGCACCACCACAACAACCCCCUCAACCUGUGCAGAGUCCAGCUCAGGCAAACAUACAGUCUUGGGGAGAGACGGUACAGCAGCCAAGACCAGUACAACCAACACCGGUUGGUGCCAUGUGGACUCCUGGUAUGGGUAUCAAGUUUGGUCAAUCUUCUGGUGGUUCAGGCCAACCUCCUGCACCUGGGACGUGGAAUCCCAACUCUGGAAUCAAGUUUGGUUGAGUGUAGUGUUGUAUAGAUAUCCUGACUUUUAGAGGGCUGUUGUUUAGUAGACAUAGCAUACAUGGCGAAUACGAGUUUGUUUAGACCCAAGUCUCAUUAGUGUCAAUUGUCUGUCGUGUGCUGAACCUAUCGUGAAGCUAUUCGCUGUGACCUCAUGCCAUCCACCAUCAAUUCUCGGCCUGCAAAUUCAUCGCAGGGUAUAAACUCCGUGACUGGUAGCAUGAUAUCCUCUCUUCCCAACCUUCCCCGUCAACUCACUCUUCCACUCCUUGCCUUCCCCGACCAACUCAACAACCUUGUUGAACGUAAACUCAGGCUUCCAGCCCAACUCCUCCACCGCCUUACUAGAAUCAUAAACACGAUCAAUCCUCUUCAAGUGACUCCAUCCCUUAUCCUUGAAAACCUGCACACACUCCGGCGCAACAGUCUCAAACACCUGCUUAGGGUCUUUGUCCAGCAUCGCCAGCGUGUCAGCGUCAUUAGGAAAAGGCGGCGGUGCGCUGAUGAUGUACUUCCGAAACUGUAUCUCUCGCCCUUUCUUCAUCGCGCAGACUGCCGCGCGAACUAUGUCUUCAAUGUCGCAGCGACGGUACGCUAGUUCAAGCACUUUGAGGUUGUCGUCUGAUAAAGCUGCUCUGCGAUCUUCAUCGUCAUCCUGCUCUGGGAAAAAACGGCUCGUGCGGAGGAUUAAGACGGGCAUGCCUGUUUGUUUCUGGAUGAGGAAGCAUAGAUCCUCCGCUGCGACUUUUGUAGCGCCGUAGAUGUUUUUGGGGAUGGGGACGACGGUUUCGUCGAUCCACGCAGCGGGUUGACCGGGCUUGGGACUUAGGGCUGCGCCGAAUGUGCUUGUUGUGCUGAAGAAGAUGAAGCUUUCGAUCUGGGCGCCGAGUUUGGAGGCUUCUUCGAGAAGAAUGAGGGUGCCGGUGAUGUUUGUGUCGAUGAAGUCUUGCUUGGAGUGGCUUUCGACAUGGGGCUUAUGCAACGUCGCAGCAUGAAGGACAUGCUGGAUGGGAUGUUUCUGAAGAAGAGAUGUCACAAAGGCGCGGUCAGAGAUUGAUCCAACAUGCGUUGUGUUCUCAGAAGGUAAGAUGUCGAUCCCAAGAGGUGUGAAGCCGAACGUCGGGAGGGAAAGCAUAAGAGCUGUGCCGAGAUGGCCGGAUGAGCCUGUUACGAGGACGUUAUAAGCCAUGGUGUUUGGUUUGACGUUAGAGUGGUAUUGAAGGAUGAAGGGGAGAUUUAGAAGCU